AUGGAAAUAGCACGUAAACAUGAGAGAGACGCCGAGAGACGAGGAGGGCGCAGAGAAGUUCCGCCCUUUCAGGUCGUGGAAAACGGACUAUAUUUCCGCAUUAAAGGGGCUCGUGAACCAAAAGUAUUCAGCAGUUUAUUAUUUCACUGCAUUUUGAUCGAUGGACCUCUCUAUCUAUAUUUGGUUUCCUUGAGCUUCUUCCACCUCGACUCAAAGUAAAUAUACACUUCCGGGCAUUUCCCAUGUUAUGAAUGGAAAACAACGUGUGUUUCAGUCGGUCUGCCGGACCCGCCGACGCACGUCCAAGUGGAAGUGGGCCCACAGCCGGGCACGCUCCUCGUCUCCUGGAAAUCGGUCACAAAUCAGCCGAAGCCGCCGUCCCGCGCCGCCGUCCAUUCAUAUUUGAUCUACGCCGACGGCAAGAACAUUGCCCAGGUGCCCAACGAGACAGGUAGGAAUUCUUUCUUUCCUUCUUUUUUGACCCCCGGAAUCGAUUUCUUGGGUUUGGAAGCCAGUAGGUCCUGUUUAAAAAUGUUUUAUUGGCAAAAUUUGACUUUCAACUGAUUCUUUAAUGCUACAGGAGUUCCCCGAUGAUUCAACAGAUUAAUCUGACGCCUUCAAAUGGACCUCAACUUUUUAAAUUCGAAAAAAAGUCAUAAAAAUCAUAUUUUUACUUUCUCUGAUAUUUACAGUUUGAGAUAAAAAGCUACUAAAACAAAAAAAAAGAAGAAAAUUACUCAAAAAAAGAAAAGGAAAAAUAAAAAUGUUUUUGUAGGUUUCGAAAAUUUCACUUAUAACUCUUUCGUUAUAACUUGAACCGUCUGGUCUCUCUGCUCUCUCUUUUCUCUCUCCCGACAAUCUCAUUAUGACGUGCUCUCUUCAUUUUUCUCUGACCUCAGAGCGAGAGAAAAGAGACGCAGAGAUGUCAGACUGUUUCAAGUGGUGGUAAUGGACUAAAUAUGCUGUUAAAAAUUACGGCGUCUUUAUAGGAGCAUGGGUAGAUUUUAUGAAGGUCUCGAGGCGAAAAGACUUUUUUGAGAUCUUUUCGAGUUCAAGUUUGUUGCGUCUUCAAAAAUGCCAAUAAAAUAGUUCAACCUAUCGUUUCUGUUUUUCUCUGUGCCCUCCUCGUCUCUCGGCGACCCUCUCAUUUUGACGUGCUAUUUUCAUGUUUGUCUGACGUCACCGGUGAGGGAACAGAGAGACGCAGACACUCUAAAGUCGUAAAGUAGCGGUGAAUGGACUAUAGCCUUAAACAUGCCAAUCAAAUCAUACAGAUUUUCCAGAAAUGUUCUGAAAAAAAUGAUGACUUUUUUCACUUCAGUUCAAUAUAUUCAAUUUUCCAGCCGACCACGUCUUACUCCGCCUGGCUGACCUAUCCGACGACCCUCCGAUUUUCAUAACUGUCAGGACAAAAACGAAAGAAGGUACAAGAAGUCCUCAGAAAUAUUCACCACAAAAUUGGAAUUUAGGCGCAGUUUCAUCAGACUCGAACGUGGCCCGAGUUCCUCGCACCCCGUACAACCAAGGAGUCCCGGGUCCGAUCGUCGAGAACCCUCUGCUUCUCUCGCAGUCCCAGCAACCUCCGGCCUCUCUCCAACAGCCCCAACUCAUCGACAUGACCUCCUCGUACCCCUCCUACACGACGGCAAACCCGACGGGCAUCUACGGGCAGACGAUGGUCCCGAGCGCGCCCAACCUCAUGCUCAACGGACACCUCCCGACGGCUCCCUACACCGCGCCGUCACGCCUCGUCGGCGCCACCGGAAUGAUGACGUCGUACCAACAGCCGACGUCGGCCGUCGUCCAGCCCUUUGCCACGGUUCCGCCGCCUCCGACACAGCAGAGUCAUCCGCCGGCCACGUCUUACUCUAUCUAUGACAGGUGGGUCGUUUGGCUUGAGUCGUCGGGAAAACUUCUAUUUUUGGGCUAAGACUUGCUGUAAAAGUCAUACUAAAUAUAUGGGCAUCGUAAGCUUCACAUAAAAUCUUGAGAUGCUCAUUUGAAGUUUUUGAAAAUUGAUUAGAAGAUUCCUUGAUGUACCAGAUGAAGAUCUUGAAAGUCUCAUCCUGCCCAACUUUCGAGUUUUUUAGGAAAGGACCAGGUCAACAAAACUCCUCAAAAUCCGUAAAAUCGGCGUGGGCAAUUUUAAGCUUUGAGCCCUUAUUUCUCAAUAAAAGCUGUGUGGGUUGAAACUUUCAGUACCUUUUCUUGGUCCAUUGAAAAGUGUUCGGGCCAAUUUUCAAGGAAUUCCCAAAUCUAAAGUAAAAUGACCUUCCUCCUGAGAAAGUUCAACCAACUGGCCUAAUUUAGACCUUUUUAGGGUUUUCGUAAAGUUUUUUCAAGAGUUUUGUAUAGCUCCGACUUUUUUUUGUGUCUGCGUCUCUGUGUUCCCUCACCGACAAGGUCAAAGAAAUAUGAAAACAGCACGUCAUUGUGAGAGGGUCGCUGAGAGACGAGGAGGGCGCAGAGAAAAAAAGCAGUCGCGAGAAACGAAGUAGAAAACUAGAAAAUUAUGUUUAAAAAAAUGAUGAAUUAUCAACUUUACCUAAUAUUAUUUCUUCAGAAGCGUCCAACCGAACAAGGCCCAACUGUUAAUGUCCCAACCUUCAAUAGCGAAAAUUCCCGCUCAAAUGCCGCCGGUAAUAUUUUCCCAUUCUUUUCCGAAAAAUCGUUAUCUUUGAGGCCUGGAAGACCUCACAAAUGAGCCAAUACUACACGUUCCAUCCGAGUUUCCUUCACACCGAACCGUCAGGACCUGAGGAAAAUCGACCGUCUGUUUUGGAAAUGGAAAAUAGGUUCGUUUUGUUUUUUAGGACAUGAAAGUUCUAGCGAUAUGCUCGGUAAAGCUCCGGACUUUCCUAGUAACCACUUGAGGGGACGGACGCCGCUAAAGGGAUCACUUGAAAUGAUCAGAAACGUUUAGUUCGCGUUUACGAAUACUCUUAGUGAUCACUUAAGUGGAAUUUAAGGUGAACCUGUGAAAAAAAAAAGAAGUUAAUCCUUCCGCAAGUCGCGCUAUUGAAAAUCUGAAUAUUAUUUAUUUUAGCUAUCUGAUGCGACACCGACAGUCGGAAUGGGCCAACGCCCCAGACGCAAGGGCUCGAAUCGAGGCCUACGCCCGGGGAAUCGGAAGAGCCGGCAGUGCCGACGAAAGAAGUGCUGGACCACGACAUCGCCUGGUACCCCCGCGGUUAGCCCGGGUGAAGAGCGAGAGCGGGUUCGGCACCCGAAGCGAGCCCGAUCUCCGACCUCCCACCCUAGAUGACGACUGUCGAUGGUGAGCAUCACCCUUUCUCAAAUAAGCAUGUGGUUCGGUAACGGAUUUUAGGGAAAAAAAUUGGCUUUAAAAAAUUUUGCAAACGUCAGACAGUCUGAAAAUUGGCUACAAUUUAAGAAUUCCUUUUUUGAAAAAAACCAUGUUGAUAACGCCACCCCAACUUCAAGCUUCGCUGAUCAUUUUUCGAGUAAUUCCUUUUCCAGGUUCGUCGCCCUCUUCGACUACUCCCAUCACAUGUCGCCCAACGCCAACGCCGAAACCGAAGAACUCUCGUUUCGGAAACACCAACUCAUCAAAGUAACACCCCCGCUCCAUUUCAUCAUCAAGUCCAAAAUGUCAGGUGUUUGGCGACGUCGACCCUGACGGCUUCUACACCGGCCAGAUCGGCAGCCGCGUCGGCCUCGUCCCCUCGAACAUGGUCAUCGAGAUCGCGAAAGACGAUCUGGCGCCGAGGAGAACCGUGACGGCGGCCGCCGCCGAGCCGACGCUGAGGAGGAUGCGAUGGGGGAGCCUCAAGUCGAGGAGCUACGACCAUGCCGGAGACCGAGUUUCGCAUCACAGGUCGGGGUGAGAUUGAACUUUCAGAAAAACUUGAAAAGCUCAAGCAGACAUCACAAAAAAGAAAAACUGAUCUCUUAGUUUCUUUCAAAAAUAGCUAUAAGUCCCAUCAUUUUAUGCCUGUAUGAUUUAAUUAUCAUGGUCAAGUUCCGAACUUCAAGUUAUUGCUCAAGCUCCGCCCCCAACAAUAAACCAAUCAGAGAACGAGCCAUCCACAGAGCUUUUUCGAAUGACGUCAUUGUACUUUAUAUUAAAAAUCUGAACAGAGUAUAGUUACUUAGAACGGUUUUUGACGAGAGAUUGAUUUUUUUAACUUUGAAUUUUGGUAAAAUUCGAAAAUCUCGUGAACUGGAGGACUAGAAAGUCAAGGAUGGCAAAAAAACGAAAAUUUUUGAUUUCAUUUUUUUUUCCAAUCAUUUUAUCAUUGGAUAUAUCUUUAAAGCAGUAAACAGUUAGAGACUUUUUAGCGAUUUUUUUUUGAGUUUCUUCUUUACUUCAUUCGCACACCUUGAGACUGUUUUUCUCUGAACUCUCUCUUUUUUUCUUGAUAUUUUCACAAUCCCUUGAUAUUGCUGAAGAGAGAAAAGAGACGCAGACAGGUCAGACGGUUCCAAUUUGGGGCGAUUAGGUUUUAUAACCUGGAUACAAAAAAUCAACUUCUCAUACCAAUUCUUCGAAAAAAAGUCUACCCAAUACUAUAAAAAAAAUCUGUCACAAGUAUAACUCGGCCCAUCCAUCAUCCGAAAAAGUCUCUUUGUGGCAAAUUUAAUAUUCAUUAAAUUCCUUUGCAGAGCCCAACAGAACUACGCUUCGUUAGACCGACGAGACGAUAGGCCUGAACGAUCAGAAAGACAUCGGAGGACCAACGGAAGAGCUGAUUACGAUUAUAGGUAUCGGAAUAGAUGAUAUGAGGUAAACUGGUGGAUUUCAGUAGAAGAGACCACGAUCGGGACCGCGACUACGACGAUAGAUACAUGAGGGAUAGAGAAGCGUCUAGAGAGCCCAGAGAUCGAAGAGAAAGAGACAUGCGCGACGAUUAUCGCAGUCGCGACAGGGACUACCGUGAUCGCGACGACGAGGAGUACGGCCGCGACAGAUAUCGCGAUCGCGACCGUGACCGCGACCACAGAGAACGCGACCGAGGCUACGACGAUCGCAUGCGAAGGCCGGAAGCCGCCUAUUCCAGAGACCGAGACCCGUACGCUCCAGAAUCCGGCUUCCGAAGAGACCGAAGUCAGCAGCCAAGAGGAGACGAAGCGUACCGAGAAGACCCCGCCAGAACCGUCUAUGACUAUCCGCCCGGAGCCCAAGGUCGCUACGAGCCGCAGAUCCCGGGCUCGAGCAACCAGAUGCACCAGAAUCCCAGCCAGAUGAACCAGAUGAACCAACUCAGCAAUCAGAUGGGACAGAUGCAAAUGGGAGGGCCUUACCCAACACAACAGCCCCAGCAACAACAGCCCCAAGGCUUGGGAAGCUCCUCGGCUCUGGGCGGCAUGGGCGGUGCUGGAAUGAUGCCGACGGUACCUGCCGAAGGGACUUUCAACGGCCUUCCGGUCCGAAAAAUGGUCGCCAAGUUCGACUACGACUCGCGGCAGCUGAGUCCGAACGUCGACGCCGAGCAGGUCGAGCUGUCGUUCCGACAAGGCGACGUCAUCGUCGUGUACGGCGAGAUGGACGAGGACGGCUUCUACAUGGGAGAGCUGAACGGUCUGAGAGGACUCGUCCCUUCGAACUUCCUCCAGUCGUCGCCCUUGACGACGCUGGGCCCGUCGCAGCCGACGGAGCCGAUGCGGAAAGGGGUAGCCUUCUCCGACAUGACCGCCGUCCGAAGGAACGCACCUGUCAGACAGGUAAUCUGAUAAAAAAAACUUAUAAGGAAGGUAACUUCGGAGUUUCAUUGGCCAUAACUCUUCUUCAUGUACCAGAUAAAGAACCUGAAAAUCUCAUUCAAGGACAUUUUUCCAGACAUCUCAAACGUCGACCGGAGCCGCGUCUGGAAGCACGACAGCAGCCGCGAAGCCGGCGGCCAAGAAAUCGACCGCCGGACAGUCGGCCAAGCCGCUCACCAAGAAGACCAGCGACGUCGGCAAGGUACGGUUGAAUCUGGGAAACUUUUUAGUUGCCACUAUAGGGGCUCGCCAAGGACUUGGAGAGGACACUGAAGUGGCCACUAUUUUCCGUUUUAGUGGUCACUUUAGAGGUUCUCGAUUUAGUGACCCCUUCAGUAGUUUUUCAUCCAAUAUUAUUAUCAGUAUAAUUUUAAAACAAACAGAUUGGACCAGUUAUAUUGAUCCAUUGACCCCUAAAGUGGCCACUAAAAUUUUUAGUGGUCUAAUAGUAGCACUUAAACCUCUAUAGUGGCCACUAACUUGACUACUAUAGUGACCACUAAAAAUUUUCCCAGUAGGGUUUCUUCUAAGGUACAUGCUUUGAUCCCAUUUGGGCUCCUUUUAAAAUUUAGAUUUUUUUGUUACAUGCUCCUUCCAACUUUCCUGUUUCAGGAGCCAUUUCUAACGAGAAUCAAUUUAAUUUUUUUCAAUGUGAUAAUGAACGGCAAAAUGUUGUCUAUAGGGGUAAUCUUGGAGGCUUUUAAAUAAUGGACCACAUUACCUCCCCUGUAGGGGCCACUAAAGCUUGCAAAGGUGACCCCUAGAGGGGAUAAUGCUAGGCUUAUUGUUAUGAACAUAUGAGGAGCUGAAAAAAAAAAAUCAAAAGACCACUAUAGGGAGCACUUGAGCUUUAGGGGCCAGAACGUAAUCCCCUAUAGCGACCACCUAAAUUUUACCCCUAAAGGAGCAUUUUUGCGCUUCUAGGGGAUGUUUUUCCCCUAACCCCUGGAGGGACCGCUCUGCCGUUCCUAAGCGCUUCUGAAUUCGAAAAAGAACCUCACUUCUGAAUUAAAACUCGAAUUUUUCCAGAAUUCUGUGCCAAACGCGAGGAAAACGAGUACGGCCGUCAAGAAAAGCGAUUCAACAGCUAAGGUAAAAAUUAAAAGAUUGAAAAAUAAAUAAAAAAUAAAAAUUUCAGAAAAAAUGA